AUGACCAAGGGCUGCUAUACCUGUCGCCGCCGUCGUGUGGUUUGUGACAAUGGCCUCCCGACAUGUCGCAAAUGUCGCACUGCAGGCAAAGAAUGCUUGGGAUAUCAGAAACCGCUGGUAUGGGUCAAAGGAGGAGUUGCCAGUCGUGGAAAGAUGAUGGGAUUGAGUUUCGACGAUGUCAUAGAUAGUCCCCGGAGCCGUGGCCAUGACAUCCAGCGGCUAGAAGAAGGGGCCGCUGGUUCUCCUGACCGUCAAGAAUAUCGUCUCGAAGCGGUAUUGAAUGAUACAUCACUCCCACAGACCUGCGCAAGCAAAAUUGAAUCCCAGACCGUUGGUCCCGAGCGUGGACGAUCGCUAGUGACUGCAGACCCUUGGACGCCCACGGGUGACGAACAUCAGCAAUACAUAGAUGGAAACGAUGAGACAUCUAUUGUGCAUGUGCCGGCGAGGUCGCCGCAGUCUACACACAUUCCUUCUCCGCGGGCAGCACUUGUCGAUCCUCUUUUUCAGGACCUGGAUAGGCUCUCGCGCCUCUACAUCUCUCACUUCAACCAACGAUGCGUGCACGAUCUGGCACUAUACGACAAAGUAAAGAACCCAUAUCGAGAUCUGAUUCCGCUGGUUGCUCAGUCGCGAGUCCUGUCAGACGUACUUGCUGCGGUUGGUGCAGUACAUUAUGCCUCCAUUUCUCAUGCAGAAGGAUCCUUAAUAUUGGUGGCUUCAGGAAUGCCAGUGAUAUCCGGUCCCGGUUUGCCUUUCCAGGACAACGAGACGAGUGCGACAGCUCUAUCACAAGGUCCUUCGUCGCAAGCGUUUGAGCAUUUCUUGAGGUUCAAGCAUCGAGCUCUUCGUCAACUGUCAUUAGACCUUCUCGAUCCAAUAACGCGCAACGAUGAUAAGACCGUGGCUGGCAUUCUGGUGCUUGUACUUCUCGAUGCUAUGGAAUCAGGGAGUGGCGCCUGGAAGUUCCAUCUAGAAGGAGCGAAGAACCUUCUGAGGAGUCGUCAGGACAGUAUGAGUGACAGUAACAUGAGAAGAAUAGUAGAGGGUCUCGAUACCUUUGUUAUCGAUAGCUGUCUGAUCCUCGAAAUCAUGGGAUCUACCCUGGCGCGGCCAGGUGCUCUCUCGAAGCCAUUCUAUUCACACAAAAUGGGUCCUGGCAUUCUUAAGCGCCUCGAACAGACGUCGUGGGUUGGCUGCCCAGCGUACCUCCUCGAGGUCAUCUUCUUCGUCCACGCACAACGAUACUCCGACACCGACCUCUACGACUCAGAAUCCUCCCCUCUAAACCACUUGAGUUCUCCCGAAUCCUUACUACAUCAUAUCCAAAACUUUGAUCCUUCGGCCUGGGCUCAAGAGAUGCAAAAUUUCUUCUUUCUUACCGACAUAUCAGCACGCCUUGCCUUGGCCUCUGCUUACAAGGCCGCUGUCUAUCUUUACGCCAGCAGGGUCCUUUCGAAAUCAAAGCCAAACUCCUCGUCCUCUGUAACGCCUGUCAAGUAUUACCGCAGCAGAGAGCACAGCGAAGCCGCCGACGAAUUGAUCUAUCAGCUGUCCCUCAUUCGAUCCCCAGAUCCCCAUUUCAAAUGUCUCAUCUGGCCCACCUUCAUCGCAGGAGCCGAGAGCAAGAAUGUUUCCCAGCGCACGUUUGCCCUCGACAGACUGCAGGCUCUCUGGACUGCCAUAUCAUCCAUCAAUGUGCGUAAUGCAGCGUGGGUUUUGGGAAUCAUGUGGCAACGACAAGACGAGAGACGUCUGCAGAGAGAGCAAGCCCUCACGUCGGAUGAGUCAAUAAAUCUCAAUCACGACGGCAAUGACGACGACAAUGAUGAUUUCGACUGGAUCCAGGAACUGGAUAAUUCGCCAGCGGACUGGCUCUUUAUCUAA